AUGAUUUAGACAAUCAAUUAAUUUAAAAGGAAUCAAUUAGUUACUUAAGAUAAAAUAAUCAAUAUAAAGAAAAGGAACAGCCAGUCAUAAUAUUCAGCAGACUAUGAUUAUAGAUUAGGUGAGUUUAUAGGAUGUACAUACACAGAACCAGUUGAAUAAAUUAAUAUUAAAUUUAAACCAGAAGUAAUAUUGCAGAUUCCUCGAAAUUAAGACAAACCUGUAUUCACAUAUAAAUUAAAAUAGUUAUUGGAAAAGAAAGCUUCAAAUAACAAUUCAAUUUCUUUUUUUGCGAAUCAAAAAAAUCUAUUGAAAUUAGAGAGAAGAGAUCAAAGAAUUUAGAAAAUGAAAUUUCAAUUGAGAUCUAAUUCAUGUGUAAAAUUGGCAAAGAAUAGAGAAUAUGAAAAAAAUAAAGUGUCUAAGUUUUUAUAAUAGAAGUUUGAGAAAUUUUGA